AAACUGUUAACUAUAAAAUUUUAAUUCGUUCACCAACCGUUAAUUUGAUAACCCAAUACCAAUAAGCCAAUGAACUAAUCUGACGAUUGUCUUAUUAGUUAUGAUUUGAUUUUUAACUGUUCUCGAAAUGAGAAUUAUUUUUUAAACCCCCAUACUUUUGCUAAUUGCUAUUACCCAUUUUUAUAAGCCCAAACACUUUUCUUUUUAAGCAAUUUAAGUGAGAACCAACUCAAAGUUUCUUGGAUCAGUGUAUAAACUAAACCUUCAACUUUUUCCCCUUUAUGAUCGUUUCUUUCUCCAAAAUUAGAAAAGCUUCACUUUCAGCUAAAAGUCUGUACUAUAUUAUAUUGAGGCUAUUAAUUUUUAAAAAUGUUGAUAAAGUAAUAUACACAUAAUAAAUAUAUUCAUAUAUUUUUUUGUGAGACACAAUAAUUUGUCUCUAUGAGUGCCCAAUUAUUAGUUAGGCCUGAUAAUUUAGAAAUUAUUUAAUAUCAAUUUUAAUUGCAGCUUCUUUUCCUCGUGUCUCCUUGUCAUUGAUAAAUUUUUUAGCUGUCUAUGUCUUAAAUAUUAAUGCAAAGUGUGAACAUAUAAGGUUGUCCAUUAUUAGGGUCAGCGUAACAUAGUGGAAAUUAAUUAAUAAACUAAACUAAUAAAAAGAAUGGUCAUAUUAAAACAAACUUAAAGGAGAUAAAUUUGAUAGACAAAGUUAUUUGAUAUAUAUUAUUGAUGAAAUGUAAUAAAUAUUUUGUAAAAUUAAUCAUAAAAUGUAAAAAUUAAUUCGAAUAUCAUGACCAUAAAAAUAAAAGGAAUGAUUAUAUUAUUAACUAAUACUAUUAUUAUUAGUAGUAGUAGUACAAGCUUGAGUUUUGGAUAACUUUUGAAACAUUAUCAUUAGCAAAGAGUACCAAACUGUUGUACCAAGAUUCUCACUCACUAUAAUUGAGAUUAAUCUAUUCAUUAUCCACUAAUAAAUGACCAAUUUUUAAUUCGUAAAAGUGCCUUUCCUCCCCCAUAGAAAAAACAAACUUAUUAAUGUUGUUGUAAAGCAAGCGGUUAUUCUAUUUUCCAAAUUGUUUAUUUUUAUCCUAAUUGAAGUCUCACUUAAUAUCUAAAAUGGAACUAGAAGUUCAUAUACAUAUUAGACCAACUCAAUAACUUUUGCUUCAAAUUACAUAUUUGUAUUAAAAAUAUUCUAAAGUAUGUACAAAUAUUAAGUCUAUAAUUUAAUUAUUAACACUUGAAAUCAUUAUUCUAAAAGUUUUACUGGCCUGCAAUAACAAAACUAUUGUCUUAUUGGUAAGGUCGGUGACGUUUCGUCCUUACUAAUAAUCAUGGAAAAAAAUAGAGAACCUUGUCCACAACAACAUUUAUCCUUUUAACUCACUAAAUUUCAACAGGCCUUGCACCAAAACAGAUUGCAAAACUAUGAAACUAAAUUUCACUUAAUUGCUAUCAACACUAAACUCUUUUCUUCCCCCUUAUGGCAUCAUAGAAAAGAUUGACUUGUAAGCAAUCAUGUUUAAAGGAGGGGACAAAGAUGAUUAAUACUUUUAUAUGUGUUCAAAAAUCGAAAUAUUAAAUAUAUAAAAUAAAACUGAAGUUUUAACAUAAAAAUUAUCCCUCUCUUUACUCUUUAACUAAAAUUUGCUAGUAUUAUUUUUUAAAAAUAAAAAUUAUUAAUUCCAUUUAAUGCGUUAACAAUUUUGGGCCUGAACCCAAAUUCCAGUAUGGACCAAGUGGACUCUUAUCGUUGCAAUUGCAUUGGGCUUUGAAGUUUCAACAAAAAAAAAAAAAUUAAUGAUUGGCCAUAGCAAAAGGGACCAUUUAUACACACCACAUCGAUACUUAUUUUAUUUACAUGUUUCCAAUUUUAUUUAUUUAUUUAUUUAAGAUGCUUUAAUGUUAAUGUCAUGCAUGCCCCAAUUCCAAACUGAGACAUACAUCAAUAUAUUGUUGAAAAAACUGUGUCAACUUUUUCAAUAGUUUGAAAUAUUAAAAAAGGAAGCAAAUGGUUCUAAAAAGAACAUAGAAUAUGUGUAUUAAAGUUGAAUGCAUAAUAUUAAGCAAAUCAGAUUUGACACGAAACACAGCUACCCUUUUAUUUAACCUUACGUCAUAAACUUAACACAAUUUAGAAGCACUUUACCUGAAACGAGUAGCUAAGUAUUUAAAUGAAAUUUAUUCAUAAAUUUUAUAGAAGAUCACAAGGUGUAGCUUUCAAUUUUUCAAAGUCAACAAGAUAAAUACCAAGAUGUUAUUAAAUUAAAAAGUUUCCCAACUUGUCAGCAUCGAUGGCUCAUGGACCCCAGCCACCAUACUAUCAAACUUGAACAAAAAAAAAAAAAAAGAGUAAACUUCCAUUUUUCAGGUGCAAGUUGUAGCUCUAAAUUAUGUCAUAGAUUUCAAUUCUCUUAGCGUAAUUCCUUCAUUAAUGGGGUUUUCAUCAAAAUGUUUUUUUGUAUUUACAUUAUUUUCGUUGAUAAAUGUUUCCAUUUGUGAUCCAAGAGCAACAGAAGCAGCUCUAAUUUGUUCAAACAGAACAGCUGCACAAUCCGAUCGACAAGUUUAUGUAGAAAGUUUUCUAGAAGCCAUGGAUUCCAUUACGCCAUUAGUGGGGCGAGAGAAAUUUGGAGCAGUAAUUAAUGGAACAGGGAAUAAUACAGUUUAUGCGUUUGGUGAAUGUAUGAAGGACUUAUCACAAACAGAUUGUAAUCUCUGUUUUGCUCAGUGCAAAACUCAAAUCCUACGAUGCUUACCUUUCCAAAGAUUAGUUACUGGUGGGAGAUUAUAUUAUGACGGGUGUUUCUUAAGGUAUGAUUAUUAUAGAUUUUUUAAUGAAAGUUUGAGUUCUGUUGAUAGGACCAUCUGUGGGAACAAGAGUUUUGCUGGGAAUCAGAGUUUGUUUAGUGAUAAUGUUGGAAAAUUGGUGAGAGAUUUGGAGUUUGGAGGCUUGAGGAAUGAUGGGUUUUUGACUGCAGUUGUGAGUAGUGGGAAUUUGAGUGUUUAUGGUUUAGCUCAAUGUUGGGAAUUUGUGAAUGGAAGUGCUUGUCAAAGGUGUCUUUCUGAUGCAGUUUUGAAGAUUGGUUCUUGUGCUCCUAAGGAAGAAGGAAGGGUGUUGAAUACUGGUUGUUAUGUUAGGUAUUCUACUCAGAGGUUCUUUAAUAAUUCUGCUACUGAUACUCCACCUGCUGGAAAUGGAGGAGGAUCGAAUCGUUUGGCUGUUAUUCUUGCAACAACUCUGGGUAUUUCUGCUUUCUUGCUAUUUGUAUCGGCUGUUUCAUUCUUUGUGCGGAGGAAGAUUCUGAAACAAAAGAGAGAGAAGAAGCAGCUAGGAGCUCUCAUUAGAACGGUUAAUAAAUCAAAACUGAAUAUUUCCUAUGAAACUCUUGAGAAGGCAGCAAAUUACUUUAACAACUCGAAUAAAUUGGGACAAGGAGGUUCUGGUUCUGUUUACAAGGGGAUCUUGCCAGAUGGGCAGGUUGUUGCUAUAAAGAGGCUCUUCUUCAAUACGAGGCAGUGGGUUGAUCAUUUCUUUAAUGAGGUCAAUUUGAUUAGCGGCAUUCAUCACAAAAACUUGGUAAAGCUAUUGGGUUGCAGCAUUACAGGGCCGGAAAGUCUUCUAGUGUAUGAGUAUGUGCCCAAUCAUAGUCUUGCGGAUUACGUCUUUGACACAAAGAACCUUCAGCCACUUACAUGGAGUCAAAGAUACAAAAUUGUAUUGGGUACUGCUGAGGGAUUGGCCUAUCUUCAUGAAGAAUCGAAAUUAAGGAUCAUCCACCGAGACAUAAAGUUGAGCAAUGUUCUUCUAGAUGAAGAUUUCACGGCAAAAAUAGCUGAUUUUGGUCUAGCCAGGUUAUUUCCUGAAGACAGGAGCCAUAUUAGCACAGCUAUUGCUGGCACUCUCGGUUACAUGGCUCCAGAGUACGUUGUACGUGGCAUACUGACUGAAAAAGCUGAUGUCUAUAGUUUUGGCGUUCUUGUUGUUGAAGUCGUGUGUGGAAAGAAGAACAAUUACGUUUUCAAGAACACUAACUCUCUUCUGCAACAGUUGUGGAACUUGUAUGGGAUGGGAAAAUCUAAUGAAGCAGUUGACCCUUUAUUAGAAGGUAACUUCAAUAAAGAGGAGGCAUCUAAACUGCUUCAAGUAGGUCUUGUUUGUGUACAAGCAUCAGCAGAACUACGACCCUCUAUGUCAAGUGUCGUGAAAAUGCUCAGCGAGAACCAUGAAAUUCCUCAGCCAACACAGCCACCAUUCCUCAAUUCUGGUAGUUCAGAAUUUAGUCCAUUUAAUCUGCAUGGGAAAAGAUUUUUCGGCCAACCAAGCUCCUCGACACAAUCUUCUGGGAAUAAAUUGACGGAGAGUUGGAUAGAGCCUAGAUAAACUAAAAGUUGAUCAUCUGGAAUUGGUAUUUGAUUUUGUUCAAGUUUUUUUCUGUGAUUAACUACUACUCACUACUCACUCUCCUCCACUUUCAUUUUUUCUUUUUUACUGAUAUAGUCAACUUCCUUUUGUGAAUAUCCCAGUCAUAAUCUAUUUCAUUUCUCUAAUGUAAAAAACUCUGCAGCAGUUGCAAUUAAUUAACUAUAUCUACUGUUUUCCAUUUUCAA